GCCCACCCCUCUCCUCCGUCUCAUCAACGGCCAACUAGCGUACACGGUGAGGCGCCUCCUGAAGGUUUGACCGCGGGGCAGGGGAUUCCAGUAGCUGGUUGACUGGGAGGGUUAUGGCCCGAAGGAGAGGUGCUGGAUCCCCGCUAGGGACAUCCUGGACCCAGGCAUCAUCGCUGAGUUCCACCGCUGGCACCCCGGUCAAUCAGGUAUCGGUCAAUCAGACAUACCUGAAGACGUUCUUUAACCUGACGGAGGAGACGGGUCCAAUGUUCAGACGGGGGCCCAGCCAGCGGAGCAGGAAAGUCAGCGAGAUGCAGAGGUUCUUUGGCCUCAAGGUGACAGGAACCUUGGACGCUGAGACCGUAAAGAUGAUGAAGAAGCCACGCUGCGGGUUACCUGACGUCCAACUCGGCCGAUUCACCACCUUCGAUAACCUUAAGUGGCCAACAAACCAGCUUACCUACAGAAUUGAGAACUACACUCCUGACAUGUCUGUGGCUGAGGUGGACAACUCCAUAGAGAGAGCACUACAGGUGUGGGCCAAGGUCUCCCCCCUAAGGUUCACCCGUAUCUACCGCGGCACCGCUGACAUCAUGAUCUCCUUCGGCAACAGAAAUCAUGGUGAUUUCUACCCCUUCGAUGGCCCUGAAGGCACCCUGGCCCAUGCCUUCUCCCCCGGCGCUGACAUUGGAGGAGAUGCUCAUUUUGAUGAUGACGAGUACUUCACCUUCAGCUCAACCAGAGGGUACAACCUGUUCUUGGUGGCUGCCCAUGAGUUUGGCCAUUCCCUGGGUCUCAGCCACUCCAACGACCCUGGAGCACUGAUGUUCCCAGUGUACAGCUACACAGAGCCCAGCACCUUCUCUCUGCCUCGUGAUGAUGUCACCGGUAUCCAGUACAUAUACGGCCCAAACCCAGAUGUUAACCCCAACCCAGAUAAGCCCGACCCUACACCUGUUUCCACCCCUGAUGCCUGUGACCCCACCCUGGUCCUGGAUGCUGUCACCACUCUGCGUGGGGAGAAGAUGUUCUUCAAGGGCAGGUUCUUCUGGCGUAUUUACCCUCAGAGCAGCAAACCACAUCAGAACCUCAUCAAGACUUUCUGGCCUGAACUCCCCGACAACAUCAAUGCUGCUUAUGAGAGCCAGCUAUCUGACAGAGUGUUCCUCUUUAAAGAUCAUCAGGUCUGGGCUCUCUAUGGCUAUGACAUCGUCCCCGGCUAUCCCAGAAACCUGAAGAGCUUGGGUCUGCCCAGGACCGUGAAGAAAGUUGACGCCGCCCUGUACGAUGAACAUUCUCGCAAGACCUUGUUCUUUGUUGGCGACAACUACUACAGUUACGAUGAGGAAAUGAAAAGCAUGGACAGAGGUUUCCCCAAGCGUGUGGAUGAACAGUUCCCAGGCAUGACAAGCAAAGUGACUGCAGCCUUCCAAGUCCGAGGCUUCACCUACCUCUAUAGUGGCCCCUACGUGUUUGAAUACAACAUGAGGACCAGAAGACAGUUCCGCGUGCUAGGAAACAACUACUUCCUGCCUUGUUAGACCAUCGACCAUGAUGAAACGCUUAAGAAGCAGCCGUGAACAAUGAUGAAUUUAGCCAAAUGACAAAGUUGUUUCAAACAUGAAGUUGUUGUAUUUUUGGGAGAUUUUACAGAUUUGUUUUCUCUGAAAUAUUAUUGCCAUAUAUCUAUUUAAAUAUAUAUUUAUGUAUCUAAAUUAUUUUAUAUUUUUCUUGACUAAAUAAUCUGAAAACAUGAAUGUAUAUUGAAUAUAGGACGAACAUAUUUGUAUAUGUUGCAUAUUCAAAUAAAUUCCAAGUUUUUGUGA